AGCAUGUGGAAAUUGACUGCCACUUCAUUCGAGAAAAGGUCCAACAAGGCUUGAUCACGCUACUACAUGUCUCUUCUCAAAACAACCUCGCUGACGUCUUCACCAAAGCACUAUUACCAACUCACUUCUCCAACAUUGUAUCUAAGAUUGGCUUAAUCAACAUCUACACUCCAUCUUGAGGGGGGCUCUUAGGAUUAGUUGGGAUUAUGUUAGUUUAACUUUGGAUUAAGUUAGUUAAAGGUUGUUAAGGGUUGUUUAGUCUUUUACAAAUGUUGUAUCACAGUUGUACAAUUCUGUUACAGCUGUUCUUGAUUUUUGUCAUGAGCUAUAUAAAGCUCUCUCCCUCUUUGUAAAAUUUAGAUUCAAGAAUAAUAAAAACAAAGGCUAAUUCUCUCUGCCUUUUCCCUAUUCUUUCUCAUAAAAUUAAAAGGCGCCGAGAAGAAGGAAAAGGCUCUCAUCCACUGUCAUGGAAGCCCGCUAUUUAGCUCAACCUGAAAUUAAAAGGUACUAUUCUUUCUAUACGACCAACUCUCUUCUUCCUUAAACCAAACCAAAAGAAACUCCUUUUGUUCUUCUCAGUUAGUGUAAAUGGUUUAACUCAAUCUCAGAUGUCAUCCAACUCCUCACUCCUCACCCUCAAUCGUAAGCUUGCUCACCUCACUCGUGCAAACCGUUACUCAGACGCCCUCCAAUUUUUUACCCAAUCUCAAUCUCAAUCUCCCAAACCAGAUCACUACACUAUCUCCACUCUCAUUACUGCCACUUCUAACCUUGCCCACAUCACUUUCGGCAACCAGCUCCACGCCUACGCCAUUCGAACGGGCCUUAAAGCCUUUCCUCAUGUAUCAAACACCUUGCUUUCUCUUUACGCCAAAGCACAAGACCUAAACUCUCUGAAUUGGGUUUUUUACGAGGUUCAGAACCCAGAUGUUUAUUCUUGGACCACGCUCUUGUCAGCCUAUACUAAGUUGGGUUGUGUUGAAUAUGCUUGCCACUUGUUCGAUAAAAUGCCUCUAUGUUGCAAUGUGGCCAUUUGGAAUGCAUUGAUUACUGGAUGUUCCAGUAACGGGUAUGGUGAAAUUGCUGUGCUUUACUUUAGUAAAAUGCACAAGAGUUCUAUUAGGCAUGAUAAUUACUCUCUUGCAAGUGUUUUGAGUGUGUGUUGUAUAGAGACUUUGGAUUUUGGGAGACAGGUUCAUUUGUUAGUGAUUAAAACUGGGUUUCUAGGAAGAACUUCUGUUGUUAAUGCUCUACUUACAAUGUAUUUCAACUGUGGAAUUGUUUUAGAUGCAUACAAGGUAUUUGGAGAGGCUGAUGAUGAUGAUGCAUAUAAGGUAUGUGAUAGUAUUACUUUUAAUGUGAUGAUAGAUGGUUUAGCAAGGGUGGGAAGGGAUGAUGAUGCUUUGGUAAUGUUUGAAGAGAUGCGUUCUGUUUGUUUAAGGCCAUCUGAGCUGACUUUUGUGAGUGUUUUUAGUUCGUGUAAAGUUCCUAGAAUUGCUCACCAACUACAUGCCGAAGCUAUUAAAUUAGGAUUUGAAGCUCAUCCCGCUGUGAGCAAUGCUGCAAUUAACAUGUAUUCCUGUUGUGGGGAUUUAAAUGCAGCUCACAUGGUUUUUCAAAGAUUAGCAAACAAAGACAUUGUCUCAUGGAAUAGUAUGAUCUCUAGUUUUUUUCAAGGGAAUGAUGGGAAAUUGGGUAUCUUGGCCUAUUUGGAAAUGCAGAGGGCAGGAAUAAAACCAGAUGAAUUUACUUUUGGAAGUUUGCUAGCAAAAUCAGAGUUUGUUGAUAUUGUGGAAAUGGUACAAGCCCUUAUAUGCAAAAAUGGGCUUAUAGCUAAAUCUCAAGUUUCAAAUGCCUUAGUUUCAGCAUAUUGCAGACAUAGGAAGGUGAAUCUUGCAUAUCGAAUAUUCCAAGAUACCGAGUGCAAAAACUUGGUGUCGUGGAAUACGAUGAUUUCUGGGUUCUUAAUAAACGGAUUUCCCGUGGAUGGGUUAGAACAAUUUUCUAAAUUGUUGAUGACAAACAUCUUGCCAAAUGUAUAUUCCUUGACCAUUAUUCUAAGUAGUUGUGCAUCCAUUUCAGCCUUAAGUCAAGGUAAACAAGUUCAUGGCUACAUCAUCACGUCUGGGUUUUGUCCAGAAACUUGUCUUGGUAAUGCACUUAUUACAAUGUAUGCAAAAUGUGGAGUUUUGGAUUGGUCACUGAGAGUUUUUGAUACAAUGAUUGAAAGAGAUACAGUCUCAUAUAAUGCUCUGAUAUCAGCAUUUGCACAACAUGGACAAGGAGAGGAGGCAGUACGUUGCUUCGAGGUAAUGCAAGGCUUGUCUAGCAUGUUCAAACCAGAUCAAGCCACCUUCACGGCUGUUCUUUCUGCUUGCAGUCAUGCUGGUUUAGUUGAUGAUGGUAUAAGAAUAUUCAACUCCAUGGUGAAUGAUUAUGGUCUUUUAGCUGGAGUAGAUCAUUUUUCUUGCAUUGUUGAUCUUCUAGGUCGCGGUGGCUAUCUUGACGAAGCUGAAAUUAUUACCAAUAGUAAGCAUCUUAAGGCACAUUCCAACAUAUGGUGGGCAUUGCUCAGUGCUUGUGCAGCUCACAGUAAUAUAAAAUUAGGAAGAAUAGUUGCUGGGAUUCUUCUUGAAACUGAACAAGAUAAUCCUUCAGUUUACGUGUUGUUAGCAAAUAUUUAUGCGGCUGCAGAUCAGUGGCAAGAAGCAGCUAACACUAGGGAAAUGAUUAGAAGAACAAAGAUGACAAAGCAACCCGGCUGUAGUUGGAUUGCAUCAUAACACUAUGAAGAAAUUUUGAAGGGUUUCUUUGAACUAACUUCUUUUGUGCAAAUAUCCUUUUUUUAGGGUGAUUUUGUGUAAAUAUCUAAAGGUGAUCACAUAAGCAAGAUGGAUAUCCACAAAAGUGAUUCAUAAUAGAACUUAAUUUUGAAAGAGAAAUUAUGAGGGAACCAUCAUUGACUGUGCCAAUGCAAGAGUAGCUACAUAUGAUUGAAAAUCGUUAAAGUCCUGUAUGUGUACCCACUGGUUUCUAGAAAAUAAAAUCUUAAAAAGAAAAUACUUUAGACAA